UUCCAGUAAUACAAGGGAAAAGAUGCCCUUGAAUAGACGGGGAUUCAUCAACGGACAUUUGAACAGCAAAGAAAGAAGGAAGAUACGCAUUUUGGUUAAACAUGGGGAAAGAGGAAUGCAAAACGAUGCUGGAUGCUCUUAACAAAGUAACCGCCUGCUAUAGACAUCUGGUCAUUACUCUCGGGAGCACCUCGGAUUCGCAGAAUCUGCGGGAAGAGCUGAAGAAGACUCGCAAAAAAGCCCAGGAACUGGCCACGGCUAACAGGACGAAACUGACGGCUCUGCUGAAAGACAAGACGAUAAGCAAAGACGACCGAACCGAAUACGAGCGGCUAUGGGUGUUGUUCUCAAGCAGCAUGGAGCUGUUGGAUGUAGACAUGAAAAGGUCUUUGGAAAUCGGUCAGGAUUUCCCAUUAAAGGUUCCCACGAGACACCUUAUACAGACGGGGAUGACUGGCAGUACCACCACCGUAGCCGCCAGAGCCAUGAGCGUACAGAAUAUGAAGUACGAGGCGGAUAGCAACAUCGACACCGCGGAUCUGAAGGAGCUGCAAACCGAGAUCACCCAGGUUGGCCAGAUGAUGGAGGAAAUGGAGAUGAAAGUCCAGGUCGCACCGUGGGCAGUAGAAGCCAAGCAGGAGGCAGGAGCUGAGUUGAAGUCAACAGUUAGCGUUGGAAAUUCGUCCGUUGGGGUAAUUUCCAUUUGCGAGGAGGAGCCCAAAGAUGUUGACGGUGAGCCUGGCCUCAUGAAAGUUUUCGCAGGGAUCAUUUUCACAGUUAUCGUGCUCAUCGCGGGCAUCCUAGCAUAUUGCGUGAUUAACCUUUCUUGAACUAUAUAAACACACGAGCUAUGUGAAGUUCGUCCUGGUGGGACACCAGUAGUAAAUUGAUGAUCUCAAGAGAUCAAUUUUGUGAAGAACAAGAAAAAUGAAAAAGCAACCCUCUUGCGACAAGUCCUUGGGUGUUAUCGGAAUCAGCGCACCUGUGUCGGGUUUCUUUGGAUUUAAGGAUAAUUGUAAAAUACAUUUGUUCAGAACUAGCGGAGACUAGAAAGCCGAGAGAACAAGCAAGCAUACCAUGCCUCGCAUGUACAGAAUGUCAUCAACUUUCAUGCAGGUAGUAUUGCAUUUGUAGUGUAAUAUUGUGUGUCAAAGUGAUGCCAUUAUGAAAUAAAAGUGUUGUGAGGGACCGCUGUUAAUGGUUAAAACAAAGUAAAUAGUGCACAAUCCUGAAAGGGGUUAGACCAAAUAGGCUACAUGCUCUUUGUACAAAAUCCCAGAUAAUUCGAUAUAGACUACGUUAGCGCUGGUUCAUCUUAACACGUGGUCCUGUGCAAGUGGAAAAUUAGUGUUCUCACUUGCUAGUUUACCUUCUUUGUUAGGGGUAGCCUAUCAAAAAGGAAAUAAUUGUCAUGCAUUGUGAUGCAUUUCUUUGUCACUGUACGAACUUGAAAUUAGUUAUGUCACAGCUGUUAUCCAUAACUAACACAUAUUUACGAAUGUUACAGACCAAAUUAUUCUCAGAUUUUUUUUUUAUGACAAACUUGACAUUUUACAAGUAUUACAGUAACUGUUUACGCCGGGAUGUGUCCUCGCAAAUAUGACUGCGUGCAUAGUAUUGAUAUGGAAGUUGUACACCACGUUUGUGCUCAUGAACGGAUGAGAUGCAGAUGAUUUGUACACAAUAUAGCCCACACUUUUAUGACUGUGUUCAUAGUGUAUAUACAAUGAAUUAUAUUUAUUAUACAAAUAAACAAAUGUAUAAUGACAAAUGAAAACAUUAAGUUUGUUUUUGAGCAAACCUGAACCUUUGAUAACGCGAACAAUGUAGGCUAAGCCUAAAUAGGCUAUGUGCUACUGCAAUCAUAGCCUACGUGUUGUCGUUCCCAGCGUUUAACUGCCGGAUGAAAAAAUAAACACGUAAUUACUAUUUCAGCUGCUAGAGCGUAAGCAUUCAUUAGGCCUGGAGGCCCAAGGCUUCAGACGUUAACGGGUACAGAAAUUUGAUGCAGGAAAAGAUGCAUACUGUGAACUUUUGUCCGUCAGGACAAUUUGUCCAUUUUUAUAGUUGUAAAUUUAACGAUUCUUCUGAUGAUUGAACCCAUUUAACUUUGUUAAAAAGGGACAGUGCACAAAACAACAUAGCAGUAAUAGCAGAUUUAGCAGUUCAAUUAAUGUACAACUGUACUCUUUAUACAUAGACAAUCAUGAAAAAAGUUUUAUUUCAGAUGCUGUCUGAAGCACUGCAUUGCAGCACUGCAGAUUUCUACUUCUUAAGGUGUAUUUUUGCAUAUUGCACAGGCGGUGUUGUGUUUGCACUCUCAAUAUCCCCUUUGAAUAAAAGUUCAUCAUUUAGGA